UAAAUUAUAAUAAUUUUAAUAUGAUAUUUUGUCUUCAAUGAAGAAUUUAAUUAUAUAGAUUUGUUUUCUAGAAAUCAUGAAAGCCAUCAUAAGCAAUAACAGAAUUUCAUUCAAAGUUUUUAAUAAUAAAUCUAGAAACAUGUAAAUUAUAAAUUCUUUUGCAAUUUAUCGAAUUUGUACAAGACAAAUGUGAUAAGAUAAUCUAUAGAUCUGUCCAUUAUCGCGUCAAAAGCUGGUUAUACAGACAAACUCUAGCUUCGUUCUUAGUUAAUAUGCUGAAUUUCUUUUGUUCACCUUUAUUAGCUUCGGUUAUUGGCGUAACAUUUUUUCAAAUUUGCCAAACUUAUAACGAUGAAAGUAAUUUUCACUCAAUUACAACAGUAGUAGCUUUUCCAAAUGAAGUGAAUUUGAAAAACUGCACAUCUAGCAUAUUUUGCAUAGUGAAAUCGUUAAAAAAGCCUGAGAUUUAUUGGAUUAGCAAUAUUUCAGGAUUGAUCAAUAAUUCGGACAUUGUCACUGUGGAUUCCGGAUUAGGCAACAGUUACGUUAGUAAACUUUUCAUAAAUGAAUGCUUCAGAAAUGCAACCUACACUUGUAUUUCUAGUAACGAGAAUCAUACGGAAAUGGAUUCAACAACAAUCAUAUUAAAACUCAAAGAAUGGGAAUGUCUAGAUGAGAGCGAUUGCAAACCUUACCGAAAUUCUGUGUGUCAAAAUUAUCAAUGUGUAUGCAUAAAUGAAACAUCCUGUACCGGAAAAAAUUCUCCACCAACUAUCAAUUUACAGCCUUUCAAUAACGAUCCAACAAUAGUGCCAAAUAGUUGUUAUAAGCAUCUCAUAUGUAAAACACAGGGCUACGAUACCACAAUUUCGUGGGGUCUGAUAGACCAAGGCAUAGUUAAACCUAGCGAUAAAUGGCACAACAUUUAUUCUUAUCGAAAAGAACAUGGAAUUCUGAUCAGUGAACUAACUAUUUUGAAAUGUAGAAAAUAUGCCACAUAUUUUUGCGUAGUGGCCAAUAGAUACGGAAGAGUUUCCUCUCAUUAUACGAUUCGAAUGAAACUUGAAAAAUUUCAAUGCUGGGAUAUCGAUGAUUGCAGGUUAUAUGAUGGUAUUUGUCGUUCAAACAUAUGCUACUGUAAAAAUGGUCAAGCAGUAUCGUUAAAUAACUGUACUGUUACUGAAACGAUAAAAAAAUUUUCAGUAGAGGGAUUAAGCCAAGCCGAGACGAAUGCAAUUAUUAUUUCUACUAUUAUUGGAGCAAUUUUAAUAACGAAUGCAAUAAUUUUCAUUGUUUAUAGAAUUUCGAAAAAAAGAACAAAAUCUUCGGCUGCUGAAUUAACUGAAUCAAUGAGAUCUAAUAAAUAUUAAUAAUCUGGAUUAUAUUUGUAAAUAUCCCAAUAAUCUAAAAUCAUAGAAAUAUUUCUUUUAAAUUAAAAAAUAUAUAUUUACAUUUUAAACUUCUGUACAAGUUUCCUUAUAAAAUAUGGGUUUAAAAAGAAAUUACGUUAGAGAAAAAUAAUACUUUCAAAAUUAUUUUCCUUCCAUUUUAUCAGGGUAUAAAUGUCGCCCAACAUACUUUACAUAAUAUACAUAGACUACAUCACAUAAUAUAUAGACAACAGUAUCGAUAUUUAGCGCAGAAUUAAUAUCUUUAUUUAUUAAAUUAAAAAAAAUUUGUAUAUAUUUGUUGUAAAGUUAUUAUUGUUAAUUUAUAUUUUAUAUUGUAUAUAAUAAAUUUCAUUUGAUGAUUCACUUCAGUAAAUGAGUUGCUUUUACUUAAAAAUAUUUGUUAAAUUUUAUCUUGUUUUUAAAGUAUAAUUUGAAUAAGUGU